AUGAGAUUGAGAUCAGGUGAUUCCAACACAAGGUCGUAUGAGUUAAAAGAGUUUGCUGAUUGGAUACUUGGUAUUGGUGAUGGUAGUCAUGGAACUCCAACGGAACAAUGUCAGAAGAUUCUAAUCCCAGAUGACAUACUGGUUAAAGACUGGGAUGAUCCCAUUGAGGCAAUUUGCAAGGUUACUUAUACAAAACUUUUUGAUGGCACCAAUGCUGAUGAAAACAUUGAAGACCGAGCAAUAUUUGCACCAACAUUGCAAAUAGUUGAUGAGAUAAACCAAUUCAUGAUGAGCUUAAACCCUACUGAAGCUCAUACAUACUAUAGCUCAGACAAGGCAUGCCCAACUGAGUCUAACAACGACUUAUUGGCGUCCAUUCACACACCUGAAUUCCUGAAUACAAUUCGAUGCUCAGGAGUACCCAAUCAUGAGCUGACAUUAAAGGUCGGAACUCCUAUCAUGCUUUUAAGAAACAUUGACCACUCGGUAGGAUUGUGUAAUGGAACACGUUUGGUUGUCACUAAGCUUGGAAAACAUAUAAUAGAAGCACGUGGUAGUGCCGGAAAGAACAAAGCUCAGAAAGUCUUUAUUCCUAGGAUGACUCUAAGUCUUUCCGAUCAUCGAAUACCAUUUAAGUUCCAACAAAGACAGUUUCCUAUAAUGGUAUCAUACGCGAUGACUAUAAACAAGAGCCAAGGGCAAUCAUUAGCGAAUGUUGGAUUACUUCUCAAAAAAUCUGUUUUCACCCACGGUCAGCUUUAUGUUGCAGCAUCUAGGGUGACACACAGGGGAGGUCUUAAGAUACUUUUAUGUCAUGAUGAGGAUAACUGUACCGAAAUGGAUAAUGUUGUUUUUAAAGAAGUUUUUAGAAAUGUGGCUUAA